CUUUUUUUUCAUUUACUUUUUUUUUCAUUCAUUCACCUUCUUUUUGCCCUUUUACUCUCCUUCGGCAUCAUUCGUUGAUAAUACCACUUUACAUUCUCUUUUCAUUACAAUUCCUUUUUUGAUUUCCUACUUGUUUGUUCAUCUCUUUUUAUAAACAAGUUCAUUCUCCAUAUAUUCUUCUUCUUCUUUAUUUAUUACAUUUUAAUCUUUUCUUUUUGAUAAAGAAAAGUGUUUUAUAUAUUCAUACUAAAAAAAAAAUUUACUUUUUAUCUCUCAAAGAUGUAUUCACCUAUUAAUGAAAUGCAAACUCCUACCUUUGAAACCACUGCUGCUGCUGCUGCUGCUACUACUCCUACUACGGAUGGACUUGGUAACAACCUGGAACUCUCUUCUGGAAUGGAUUAUAUGCGUCGUUUUAGCUAUGCUGAUUUGUUAUCCAAUCAUAGCGAAUCCAGUCUCUCGGAUUACGAACAACAAACUCCUUCUCCUUCCAAUGAUUAUGAAGAUUAUAUAUUCCAUCAACAGCAACAACAACAACAAUUUCAAUUACAUCACCCUUUGGAUGAACAAAAGCGUCGGAUGAGUAUGAUUGAACAAGCUACUAGUUAUUAUCAACAACAGCAACGUUCUUCUUACAUGUUACCUACUGAUUACCUCCAUUCUACCAACAAUACAACUAAUUCAAUGUUAUCUCCUUCUACUUUGGGUUAUUCUCCUGCUGUUACUGCUGUUUCUAAUCAGUAUUCUCAUCAUCAGUAUGCUCAGCAAAGAUCAAUGUCUUAUUCAGCUGGUGAUGUCAUGUCUACUUUGGUGCCUUCCAUUUUUGAAUACAAUCCCACUUGUCCUUCCUCCCCCAUGACAUUGGAUACUACUUCUAUGGUGAACUUUAAUGAGUCUAAUACCUCUGGAUCAAUGAUAUCUCGUGAUCGAUUGGAUUCUUUAUCAUCUCUUUCAUCUGAUUCCAUGGCUUCUCCUCCUCAUCAACAGCAACAACAACAAACCAAGCUUACAAAGUCAGGAAAAGUGAAACAAUGUAGAUCAAGAGGUCGUCGCGUAUCUAGUAAUCCUACUAUUGGUGCAAAAAUGUUUACUUGUAAACAUGAUGAUUGUGGAAAAAUAUUCAAGAGAUCUGAACAUUUGAAACGACAUAUUAGAUCUAUUCACACCUUGGAAAAACCCUUUGAAUGUCCAUAUCAAUCAUGCUCCAAACGAUUCUCUCGAUCGGAUAAUUUGAAUCAACAUAUUCGUAUUCAUCGCCAUACCACCAAGGAAAAGGCAUCAAGUAACAAUGGAUCCUCUACUUCUUCAUCAUCAUCAUCAACAAGUCCAGCAUCAUCAGUAUCAUCAUCGGUAUCAUCUCGUCAUUCAUCUUCAUUCAGCAACUGUAUGCCUUCCUAUGUGUAGAAUCCGUCAUCUUCCCAAUUCAUCAACAAACGUACAAGUGUGAAUUACUAUUACUAUGGUCCCUUUUUCUCUUAUAUCUCCCUUGUCCCUUCCCCCCUUGUUUUUUCUUCUUCUUAUAUUAGUCACACUACACGUUUUUACAAACACACGUAUCUACACAAAACAUCACCUUUCCCCUUUUUUAUAUUUGUCUGCAUUUUUUUUUUCUAUAAGGUUUUUUUAUAUCAGUUUUUUAGGCUCUUCUUUUUUUUUUUUUUAUCAUCCACUCUUUCUG